GCAAGUCCAAGUCUCUCGCUGAGCGACCGCGUCAUAUAGGCCUCUAACAGCCGCGUCUAAGACGUAGCACGGAGCGAGGCCCUCCGGACGCGGCAGCACGCAUCCGCGCGCUCCGUCGCCAGCGGUGGCGAGCAAGACGCAAUAAGCGUGCUGCCGCCCACGAUGGCGACGGCGGACGACGGCCUCGCGGUGCAGGACCGGCGCGCGCUGGACCCCGCGGCGCUCACGCCGGACACGCCCGAGGUGAUCUCGCGCCAGGCCACCGUGAACAUCGGGACGAUCGGCCACGUCGCGCACGGCAAGAGCACCGUCGUCAAGGCGAUCAGCGGCGUGCAGACGGUGCGCUUCAAGAACGAGCUGGAGCGCAACAUCACGAUCAAGCUGGGCUACGCGAACGCGAAGAUCUACAAGCGCGUCGCGGAGCGGCCCGGGCCCGGCAACUUCUGCAGCCGCGGCUCGGCGACGCCCGACGCGUUCGAGGACGGCGACGGCGCGCGCUGGGCGCUCGCGCGGCACGUGAGCUUCGUGGACUGCCCGGGCCACGACAUCCUGAUGGCGACGAUGCUCAACGGCGCGGCCGUCAUGGACGCGGCGCUGCUCCUCGUCGCGGGCAACGAGCCGUGCCCGCAGCCGCAGACGUCGGAGCACCUCGCGGCGGUCGAGAUCAUGCGCCUCGAGAACAUCCUGAUCCUCCAGAACAAGGUGGACCUCGUGAAGCCGGACCAGGCGCGCGCGCAGCACGAGCAGAUCCGCAAGUUCGUCGCGGGCACCGUCGCCGGCGACGCGCCCGUCAUCCCCAUCUCGGCCGUGCUCAAGUACAACAUCGACGCCGUCUGCGAGUACGUGGCCCACGCCAUCCCCACGCCCGUGCGCGACUUCACGAGCACGCCGCGCCUCAUCGUCAUCCGGAGCUUCGACGUGAACAAGCCCGGCGAGGACGUCGCGAACCUCAAGGGCGGCGUCGCGGGCGGGUCCAUCCUCCAGGGCGUGCUGCGCCUCGAGGACGAGGUCGAGGUGCGCCCCGGCAUCGUCACGAAGGACGCGGCGGGCGCGGUCACGGCGACGCCGAUCUACAGCCGCGUCGCGUCGCUGCUCGCGGAGCGGAACCGGCUCGAGUACGCCGUGCCCGGCGGGCUGAUCGGCGUGGGGACGCACAUCGACCCGACGCUGACGCGCGCGGACCGGCUCGUCGGCCAGGUGCUCGGCCUCAAGGGCCGGCUGCCGGACGUGUUCAUCGAGGUCGAGAUCAGCUUCUACCUGCUGCGGCGCCUGCUGGGCGUGAAGACGAGCGAGGGCGCGAAGCAGGCCAAGGUCCAGAAGCUGCAGAAGCAGGAGAUCCUCAUGGUGAACAUCGGCAGCACGGCGACGGGCGGCAAGGUGCUCGCGGUCAAGGCCGACCUGGCCAAGAUCCUGCUGACGCAGCCCGUCUGCACGACCGAGGGCGAGAAGAUCGCGCUCAGCCGCCGCGUCGACAAGCACUGGCGCCUCAUCGGCUGGGGCCAGAUCCGCCGCGGCGCGCGCGUCGAGGUCGCCGCGGCCGCGCAGUAGUAGGCGGCGCGGAGGCGUAACUUAUCGUAGUAGGU